ACUUUUCAACACUUGAACAAUAUUCCAUAUAGCUAUCAAAUUCAGGUCUCACCUGAAUAAACUAAGAACAUAGUACUGGUUUUCCCUCACCAUCCCCUUUCUCUUCAAAUCACAAGCUACUCACACCGUAAACCAAAGAAAAACAGAAAAAACAAAAUGGCAGAGGCUGCUGUGUUCCAUCUUCUAUCCAACUUCGCACCCUUUCUCCAAGAAGAGAGGAACUUGUUGAGCGGAGUACGGGAAGACAUCGAAUACAUAAGAGACGAAUUCGAGCGCAUGACACAUUUCCUCAGAGUUGCUGAUGCAACAGAAGAUAGAGACCCGAAAAUCAAAAUAUGGGUGAAGCAAGUUCGAGAAGCUGCAUAUGACACGGCAGAUGCUCUUGACACGUACAUGCUUCGCCUCAAAUCUAGACAUCAUCAGAGCACCAAAAUCCGCACGUUCAUACAUAAGGUUUCCUUUUUUGUUAAGACUUUAAAAGCUCGCCACCAAAUUGCUUCUGAAGUAAAAGGAAUUAAGUCAAGAAUCAUCAAUAUUUCUGAGGGACAUCAACGUUAUAGUGACAUAUAUGGCAAAAUAGUGCAAGGCUCAAGCUCUACUCCUUCAGACAUUGCAUGGUAUGAUUGUCGAGGAGAUGCCCUUCUACUCCAAGAUGCUGACCUUGUGGGCAUUGACAAGCCCAAAUCACAGUUGAUUCAGUGGCUAGUGGAUGAGCAUCCUCGACUCAAGGUGCUUUCUGUAGCAGGAAUGGGCGGAUUGGGCAAAACUACCCUUACGAAAAAGGUCUACGACGAUGCAAUAGUGAAGAGGCACUUCCAGAACCAUGCUUGGAUCACCGUUUCUGAAUCAUUCAAGGUCGAAGAGCUUUUAAAGGACUUGAUUCAAGUUCUCUUUGAAGACGUCAGACAACCACUCCCACACGGAGUGAACAGUAUGGAUGCAAACAGCUUGAAAGGUAUAAUUAAUGCCUUUUUGCAGCAAAAGAGGUAUGUGCUUGUUUUUGAUGAUGUAUGGGGUAUUCAUGCAUGGCAAGGUUUAAGAAUCGUACUUCCUGAAAGUAAUUGCGGCAGUCGAGUAAUUCUGACAACAAGAAAUGUAGAUUUAGCAUCUUUUGCUAGUGAAGAAUAUCAUGGCAUUGUGUAUAAUCUCGAGCCCUUGCCUCCCAAAGAGUCAUGGGCCUUGUUUUGCUCAAAGACAUUCAAGGAGAACUCUUGUCCUUCAUAUUUGGAAGAUCUUUCUAAAAAAAUCUUGGGAAAAUGUGAGGGUUUACCACUUGCAAUAGUUGCAAUUAGUGGUCUGUUAUCUACAAAGGAGAAGAGUGUGGGUGCGUGGGAGAGGAUUUACCGUGGUCUUGGUGCAGAACUAGAAGGAAAUGACAAACUCAUGAGCAUGACAAAGAUAUUGUCCCUCAGUUACUUUGAUUUGCCUUACUAUCUUAAGAUAUGUUUCUUGUACUUCAGUAUUUUUCCAGAAGAUUGUCUCAUUGAUCGCUUUAGAUUAAUUCGGCUGUGGAUGGCGGAAGGAUUUAUAGAAGUGAAAGAAGGAAUGACAAUAGAAGAAGUUGCUAUGGACUACCUCAAUGAGCUAAUGAACAGAAGUUUAGUUCAAGUGACACACGUCGCGAUAGAUGGAAGGUUCGAAGCUUAUCGGAUCCAUGACCUUUGGCGUGAAAUGAUAAUUGCGAAGUCGAGAGAGCAAAACAUUGUCACAAUAGCACGUGAGAGAGGCAGAGCAUGGCCGGGGACAUUGCGACGUCUCUCGAUCCACCAUAAUUUGGAAGAUGUUCAGCAGAGUAUUUGUUUCACUCGCCUUCGUUCUUUACUUGUGUUCAGCGCAAUAGAUUCAGUGUCCAUUUUGUCACAGGUUGCAUCCUUAGGCAAGGGUGUAAGGCUACUAACGGUGUUAGACUUGAGAGGAGCACUACUGGAAACAUUUCCGCAUGAAGUUGUGAACCUUCUCAAUCUUACUUAUCUAAGUUUGAGAGCAACCAAUGUAAAAAUGAUCCCGAAAUCGAUCGGAAAGCUCAAGAAGCUAGAAACAUUGGAUUUGAAAGAAACAAAUGUCACCGAGUUGCCUGAUGAGAUCUCGAAGCUCAAACAUCUUCGCCAUCUCAUAUUGUAUCGCUACAACUACUAUCGUCCUGAUGGUACAAUUGGUUUCAAAGCCCCAGCUAGAAUAGGAAAUUUGUUAUACUUGCAGAGACUAUGUGGUAUUGAAGCAAACCAAGGGAGUAAUAGUGGCAUUGUGAUAAGGGAGGUAGGGAAGCUAACUCAACUGAGGAGAUUGCUCAUUGUAAGGCUACAGAAGGAAGAUGGGAUGGUGCUAUGUUCAUCCUUUGAGAAGCUAAACAACCUUCGCUCGUUGACCGUUGCGGCGAUAGAAGAAGAUGAGAUUAUUGAUUUAAAUUAUUUGUCUUCGCCGCCUCGACUUCUUCAAACACUAUCUCUAAGAGGACGUUUGGAGAAGAUACCACACUGGAUACUAUCUCUUCACAACCUGAAAAGAUUACAAUUAGGGUGGAGUAAGUUAAAAGAUGUUGAUUCACUGCAAUCCCUUCAGGAUUUGCCCAAUUUGCUUCACCUUGAACUUACAUCGGCAUAUGAAGGAGAUGGAUUAUUUUUCAAGGCUGGUGGGUUUCAAAAGCUUGAACACUUGUGGUUAGUUAGCUUAGUAGGAUUGAAAUGGGUGAGCAUCGAGUCUAACUCGAUGCCUCUUCUUAAAGAGCUACAUCUCCAAGAUUGUAAAUUGAUGUUGGAGUUGCCCUCGGGUGUUGAACAUUUGGCCAACCUUAAUUAUCUUGAAUUGAAUGGUAUGUCUGAAAAAUUAAUUUUGAGCUUGAAUAGAGACUUACAAGGCAGGGACUAUUGGAAAAUAGCACGCGUCCUUAAUGUUUGGGUUGGGGACUCCAAAUCUGGUAAAUGGACCGGUCAUUAUCUAUGAUACGGUCGAACGGGAGGGGAUGAGGAUCUUUGAGAUUGGUUUAUCCCCGCUAUUAAUAUGCCCUUUUUCCCUCACAUUUUUUUGGCGUUUGUGUGAGCUUGAAGGCUUGUUUGUGUAAU